CAUUCAUGCCUUGGUUACUUUAUUAAACAUGAUCGGAGACACACAGCUAGUACAGAUGAAUUCAACAAAACUUAUGUGAACUUUUCUAUCCUGAGUAUGGCCCAGGCAGCCGUCAAAGAAGCUCCAUUUCAAAACAGCUUAAGACGAAUGCUUAAUGACGAUGAUAAAAACUGCCAACUCCUUGUUGCAGCAUAUAAAGAGGCCGCAACAUGUGCGCAAAAGAACAUAUUAGUAGAAGAUCAUGUCCUUGAAUUUGAUCCAAACUUCUUUAACAAAGUUGAGAAAGGCAUCGCUGAUUUGAAUAAAGUCGACCGCCAAAUUCUCGUUAUUGGAGAAUCAAGUGCAGGGAAAAGCAGUUUCCUGAAUUUGCUGUUAGAAAGGAAAGUUCUUCCCCAAAGAGCGGCUCCAUGUACCCGUUGUUUCUGCUGCAUAAAAAAGGGUCCUAAUCUUGAAGCCCACAUAACCUCGUUUGGUUGUUCUACACCAAGCAAGAUUAUCAACGGCAAUGACAUGACUGAUGAAGAGUUUCGAGAUGAAUUAGAAGGAUUGAUGAAUGCAGAUAACUGUUUGCAGGCUCUCGACAGAUGCAUUGAUGUCUUUGUGCCAAGUAACAUUUUACAGGACAAAGUGUACCUUGUUGAUUCAGCUGGAUUUGGUGAAAGUGAACAAAUUACGAGGUCGCUGGUGAAGUAUCUUCCUAAGGCUAUAGGGAUCAUCUUUAUUCUAAACUCAACAGUCGGUCUUGGGAUAUCUGAGGACAGAGGUGCUUUAAUACUUGAUGAAAUCAAGCUGUUGGCAAAAAAGGGGGAUAUCCCAUCAUUUGACCCCAGACAAGUCGUAUUUAUCGCCAACAAAUGGGAUCAAAUCGACAAGACAGAAAGGAAAGACCAUCAAAAGAAAAUGAUCAAGAAAUUGGAGACAUCAUGGCCAAACUUUCAGGAAGACCAAUUGCUGCCGCUAAGCGUAAACUAUGUAAGUUGAAAUAAGACUUCAAAAUAUAUGUUAUUGUGUUUAUAUAAGAAUAUGAAAACUGCUAUAACUGAUUGGGUCGGGCCUCUCAUAACUGAAGCUUAUGUGAAGGCUUCGUUUUGAUAAGAGGUAGAAUAUUGAAAUGGUCUUACGUUUAAAUAUUUCACUGGCACAAAAAAAAAAAAACACCUUCAUAGGCUGAUCGAAUUACAAUCACAAUAUUAUAUGAAAUGAGUUUCUCCAAAGUAUAAUACUAAAGUUUACCCCGGGUGAUUUGCUAUAUAAUGCUAUAAAAAUACGUCAUAUUAUACAACAUAAAGGUGCAAAAGUGCGAUGGCCUCCGUUUCCAAAAUGUUGCGAUUUAUUUCUGAAAAAUACGCAAUUGCCUCAGUGGCGAUCGCCUCGAUAUGGGUAGCCCUAUUGACCUCAAAAUUUCAACGCUUUCAAAACAUAGCAUUAUUGGGAAGCUGCGAGUGUGUGUUUGAUUUACGAAUUAUUCAACUGUUUUUAUGAUAUGUCUGUCUUCACUUUCGGUAUAAGUACCCUUUAUACCUAUAAGAAAAUUCCUAAAUAUAUAUAAACAACUAUUCACAAUUUAGGUGAUGAAAUGAGUUCAAAUCAAUGACUUUUUAAUUAUUCAAUUAGUUCCUAUACACAACACAAAGAGAUUGAUUAAAAUAAGCGAUACCCCCUUCAUCCAAUCCUCUACAAUAUUGUCAUAUAUGAUUGAAAUUGACAAAAAUGCAUUGUAACAAUACA